AUGAAGCUGUCUGUCAUUGUUUUAACGACUAUGCUUGGCCUGGCCGCUGCCGAAUGCUACGAGGGCUUCUGGUAUGCUGACCGCAACACCCGUGAGCCCUGCGCCUCCAUUUGCGAAGUUCAAAACGGAGGAAAAUGUAUUCUCAAAUGCCCUGAGGAGACCGACCCCAGCUUCCCACUUCUUUGCGGAGCAACUUGCCAGUGCCCAUAA